AUGUCUGCGGGCGCGGUCCUCUCUCAGUUCUCGAAUUUGCUUAACCACAUGGAAAGUUUGGGUCCCAAAUUGAGCUCUAAAAUUCGUCCAAACCGCGAGCAGCUGGACGAAAUUCAGAAACUUAGCAUGCAACUCAAAACAGCUGUGGCAGGUAUUGAAUCUCAUGUGGAACUUCUAUUGCGAAGGGCAGGUCCAACAGACAAAGAACGAGCCCUUGCAAACCAAAUUAAAGCUGCCGAUGAAUUCGACCCCGCAAUCUUCCGAAAAAAUCUGGUGCUUAUCUUUCGGGGUCCAGAUGAGUCUGUAUUGGAUCCCACCAAAGUACAAAUCAGGAAAGCCAAAUCCCGGACCCGAUGUGAAAAACUUCGCGUCGAAUCUCAUCACUUGGUUUUGAAGUGGGCAAUGUCUUUUCCACAGCCAUCCGCAUGGAUACACCCAACGGUCAUGGCGGAUGGCACCUUCGAUUUUCUCAUCCAAGACUUGAAGGAGGUAACUUUUGAUCAAAUACCGCCAAAGAUUUUCGAAAGCCUACUUUGCCUGAAGGACGAGGAACCUUUGGAUACUUGCGAGCAAUUCCAGAGCUUUGUUAAAAACAUAGAGAGACCAACUAUUGUGGAAGAACCAGAACCUGUGGUGCAAUACAAACGGAAGCAUGAUAGAACAAAGAAGCAAAGAAAUCGACUAUAA